CUCCGAAAUCGAAUCAACAAUAAAGUGAAAACCACUAAGGCAUCCUGUUAUCACAAUAGUUUUAUUCAAUCCGAAGGAAAUGCUCGAAGGACUUGGAAAACUAUUAACAACCGCAUGUUUUGUCGUCAGAACAACGAGAUAGUAAAGGAUGUGAAAGUAAAUGACAUCUUUAUCUGUAACUCUAACGAGAUUUCCAACGCCUUUAACGAACACUUUUUAACUAUUGGGCCCAGAAUAGCGCGCGAAGCACCAUUAACUUCGGACGAGGAGUCUAUUUAUUUAAAAAAUAUAACUGAAAAUUACAACAAA